AUGUCAUACUCUCCUAUACUUUAUCAAAAUGACUCUAACAAGUUUAAGUUAACUUCUCCUCCUCAUAGAAUACCUCUUAGUGGGAUGUGCCUUACUAAAUUUGACGUUAAACGAGGAAAUACUCUAGUAUGGAGCGCGACAGUAUCACCAGAUGUCAACCUGUUGAAUAUUGAGUUCAAAACAUUACCUUCUGGUAUCCAUGAGCAAGAGAAAGACUGGAUCAGCUUUGUAAUUCCCAAAAGUAAUGGGGAGUUCUACUACGGUAUUGCACUGUUCUCUCAAAAUGGGAUAAAACUGGCAGGUGAAGAGGUCACAGGUCAUAUUGAUAGAAAAAAGGUUUCAAUGUAUUCUCUCGCGGUAAUUGUUGAUCCAGAAUUGGAUCCACAUGGCGGUGAAGAUUAUGGCUAUUAUAAUUUGAAAUCGAAUGCUUAUAUUUCAGCUAAUGAAUAUAUGGACGAUAUGGAAGUUUUAAUAGAGCAGUACCUAGAGAGCGAAUCCGAAAAUGAGAUACUGGAGCGAUUCUUCAAUAGCAAUAAAUUAGUCUGUGCUCAAGGGGUGCCGUUCACGAAUCCAGCAGGGAAACUGGUUACAGACCAUAUGCCAUAUUUGAGUGAGCGUUCCAGAAGAACUAGUGGCUUAUCUAAGGAAGAUAAUAUCCCCUCUGCUACUCAUUCUUCAUGGCUACAUCGCAUUCCGGAGUUUUUUAAACGGCUUGGGCCCUUAAUGUUUACGCUUUGGAAAUCAUGUUUACUGCGAGAAAGGAUAUUGAUUGUUCAUAACCGUGGCGACUCUUUUGAAAAUACCAAUGCGCUAGUUUACUGUUUGUCUAUCCUGUCGUAUGUGCCGAGAGGUUUAGGUGAUGAUGACGACAAAAGUGAAUAUUUACAGACUUUGUACACUAUAGGAGUUACGGAUUUGGAAUAUUUAACUGGGUUGGUAUCCAACGCUUUAAGCAGCGCAAGUGUUGACAAGUAUGACCUACCUAGCUUUAUUGCAUGUACUAGCGAUGAAGUUCUGGCUCAAAGGUCCGAGUUAUUUGAUCUAGUGUUGAACCUUUCUGUUGAUACCGGUAUUGAAGUUUUAAAGUAUGAUCAACUUAUUAAAGCGACGCCAACUGACUGGGCUGCAUUCAGGUAUCUUUCGGAGCUUUAUUUAGAUUAUGAGUUUAAUGAUGAGGAAAUCUCUAACUACCUAACGAAUGUGGAACCGCUCUCAUGGUCGCAGUAUCUAAUUGAUGCGUUCUGUUGGUGGGCAACAGCGGGUUACUUUCAACCGAGCUACUAUAGUUUUGACGCCGUAAGGAUUUGCGAUCCGAUAAUUGAAAAGAGUGAGUUAGAAACCGUUAUAGGUUUGCUUGAGAAUUUCCACGAUCGGACUAAUCUAUUAUAUAAUACACUACAAGGGUUUACAAGAGCUGACUCCAGUGAUGAGGAGGAUUCAUUAUUGGUAAUGUCGCCAUUUUUUCUUUCCAAAUGCGGCUUGGACUGCUUUAGCUCCCAAGACUAUCAGUUAGUUAGAUACCUGUGUGAAAAAUGGUUCAAUAAAAUGGUUGAAAUACGAUUGUUACAUUUCCGUCCAGCAUGCUAA